AUGGUUAUAACAACUGGUGAAGCUACAGACAAAUUGCUGUAUUCCUACAUGGGAAUAAGGAUAUUGGUGUAUAUUGUAUUUUUUAUAUUGAAUUCGUUUCAAACGUUUCUAGAAGGUCGAACAUUAUGGAGAAAAAAACAAAAAACCACCACAAGAUUUUAUAUAUUUUUAAGUAUGGCGGGUUUUACAAUGUUUAGAAUUUUAUCAACUGCAUUUUUUUAUCCAGAAAAAGACGAAUAUAAAUCAGGAACAUUAAGCUUUUUCUUUUUUACAUUUGGAACCACAUGUAUUUUUAUUACCUGGGUUUUCAUUUUACAUUUUUGGUUAUUAAUAAUGUAUUCAUUUUUUGUAUCAGACGAAGUAAAAUUGGACAAAUUGAAGCCUAUCAAUUACUCAACAUUUAUAUUUGUUACAGUUUUGGUUAUAUAUCAAAUCACCAUUGCAACACUUUCAUUAUUGGUGGAUCUUCAAUUUGCCGAAGCUGUUUGUUUUGUAGUUUUAUUAUUGAUUUAUUGUACUUUAAUUAUUGUAAAUGGUUCGAUUUUAUUAAAGAGCUUAAAAAAACAUAAAAAAAACAGUCCAUUCGAACACUAUAAUCAAAUGAUUUUUAAAACUAAAGUUUUAUUGGGAACUUUAAUUUGUGUUUUCUCUUUUACCAUCAUCGAAGAAGUCGUAUUUCAACUUGUAGUUCCAGACACAUUCGGCAAUCAUGUCGCAUAUUUAUUUGUAACAGGUGUGGUAGAUACAACACAGAUGAUUAUAGUAAUGGCAGUUUUAGCAAAUGGCCACUUUUCACAUUAUAUAUUAUUUAAAAGAGUCAAAACUACAUCUUACAGCUCAGCUGAUAAAACAAGUCAUGAAUCUGGGUCAAGAGGUACCAAAAAAACACAACCAUCAUACGAUGUCAGUGGUAGAGCAUCGAUGUCUGUAGAGUAUUCUUUAGAUAUGGACACAUUCCAACCCUCAUCUCUUACAAUGAAAAAUAAUAAUAGUGGUAGUAACCUCAAUAACAAUAAUAGUAGCAAUAGGACAUUUACAAGUGUUGUAGUUAGUAACGAUGAAAAUGAUACACCCACAAGUUCAGUAAAUAGUAGCAGCAGUGAGGUUACAAUUAAUGUUACUACAGAACAAUAA